AUACAUCUGGUUGCAGUACCAGCCGCAACCAAAACAGUGUUCUCUAUUUUUGCAGUAUUCUACAUUUUUGCUGUCCAACUCGUCUUAACGUCGUAAAUCUACGUGCUUAACAAACAUAUGGCGAUGUUACGAGGGGUCGUUGGGGUGUUUGUGGCGAGUUUCCUCUUUGCUGUGGCAAACUCGGAGGCGUAUGGAACUUACACUCCUGUCUACACUCCUGUCUACAUACCCGUGGAAAUAGUCUACUAUUGUCCAAAAGUCGGUGGUUUAGAGUCGCGCUGCCGACCCAUUCGAGAUUGCGCUGUGUGGCACGAUCUUGUUGAGUCCACUCCCGGUACAGCCUGUCAACUCUCGGAUGGAUAUCCCGGCGCCUGUUGCCCCGACCUUCCUUACAAUUAUAAUGGGAAGGCAUUAAAGGAACCAGUCACCUGCGAUCCUAAUGUGGAACUAGAAUCCCACGUCCAGUGUCUCGACGUUUUCUCCAUCAACGCUGCUGCUGCCGCCGGAAAUUUUCAACUUAGAUUGAACGUGGAAAACGAAAAUCGUGUCUCUAGUAACGGUAUCGAAGUUAGGCCAGGUUCUUCUCGUGCUACUCACCAACGUUUCUUCGGAUCAUCGGAGGAGACUCGAGGAAUCAACAAAGAAGCUCAAGUUGGACUUGAAACUGCAGUUCACAUUAUUCAAAGAUUUAAAAUUGAUUCUAAGCAAGUUCCCUGUGCUUUGUCGAGAUUCAAAUAUGAGGAUACGGAUUUGGCUGAUAAGUGUGAGACAUUAGAUGUCAAAUGUAAUGAAACUCAAUUGAAUUCUCCUUUCCGAACUCUGGAUGGUUCGUGCAACAACGUCGAGAACUUGAUUUGGGGUCGUUCAAAUUCCCAGUACAUGCGCAUGCUCAACUCAGAAUUCAACGAUGGUGUACAGGAGCCGCGAAAGGCUAAGAACGGAGAGAAACUACCAAGCCCUCGUUUGGUGUCCAUUUCUGUGGUUCACGAUUUAGACAAGCCCAGCGAGACUGGAACUGUAUGGCUCAUGCAAUACGGACAACUUCUAGAUCACGACAUGGUACAAUCUCAAGAACGGACACUUGAAAACGGAAACCCAAUCGCUUGCUGUGCCGAUGACGGAACACAUCUUUCAGCACAAGAUCUCAAUAGCCACUGUUUUCCAAUUGAUAUUGGGGAAGAUGAUCCAUUUUACUCCAAAUUCAACAGAACUUGCCUGUCGUUUGUCCGAUCUAAACUUGCGUGCAGAAAUGAUCGCCGUUUUGGUGCAGUGGAGCAGAUGAAUGCCAACACCCACUUCUUGGAUCUGUCACUCGUGUAUGGCUCCGACGCUGCGACAGCGGCUGAAUUGCGAGCAAACAGCAGCGGAAAACUGAACGUGACUUCGAGAGGGGGCGAUUUAGAUUUAUUACCGCCCAGUGGUGACAGCAGUCCCUUGAGUGCUCCCUGCACGUUGCCCAAGGAAGUGUCCGGAAUAGAUCCGCCAGCGGAUGUCAAAUGCUUCAAAGCAGGCGAUAUUCGACCCGAUGUAACUCCCACCAUGGCUGUCACGCAAACUAUUUUCUUGCGUGAGCACAACAGACUUGCAGAAGAGCUUGCCAAGUUGAACCCGCACUGGGAUGACGAGCGACUCUACCAGGAGGCCAGACGCAUUCUGAUCGCACAAGCUCAGCACAUCACCUACAACGAAUGGCUGCCCAUCAUAAUUGGUCGAGAGAAGAUGCAGGAACUUGGUCUACUGCCUCUUCAAAAUGGGUUCAGCAGUGAUUACGACAAAACACUGAAUCCCGGCAUCUUAAACGCAUUUGUUGGAGCAGCUUUCCGAUUCGGUCACUCGAUGGUUCAGGGCAAACCUCAAUUGGUCAAUCAUCAGAGAGUGAUAGAGAGAGAGAUCCUGUUACGUCAUCACUUUUUCAAACCACAAGAAGUUUACACACCUGGAAAUCUGGAUAAAUUCCUUAUCGGCCUGGCUACUCAACCCAGCCAAAAAGUGGAUGCCUAUUUUACGGAAGAGCUUACCAAUCACUUGUUUGAAGAAACCGGCAAGGGUUUCGGCUUGGAUUUAGUGGCCCUCAACAUUCAACGUGGACGUGAUCACGGUUUGAAAACUUAUAAUUCUUAUCGGGAACUUUGUGGCUAUAAGCGCGCGGUAGAUUUCGACGAUUUAACCGACCUCUUCCACCCUAAUCUCAUCGAGCGUUUCAAAAAGUUGUAUUCUUCUGUGGACGACAUUGACUUGUUUAUUGCGGGAGUCAACGAAGCCAAACCAAGAAACUCUUACGUGGGCCCCACCUUCCAAUGUAUUAUAGCCAACCAGUUUUUGAACCUCAAACGAGGUGAUCGCUACUUCUACGAUCUUCAAGGACAACCCGGUUCAUUUUCUAAAGAACAAUUGAAUGAAAUUCGGAAAACUAGCAUGGCCCGGUUAGUUUGCGAUAACAGCAAAGUCUAUACUCUCCAGCCGAAUGUCUUUAAGAUCGUUUGUGACGUAAAUCCGCUCGUCAGUUGCGACUCUUAUUCUAUUCCUCGACUGGAUCUGCGCCCAUGGCAAGAAAAUUCUAAGAAAAUCUCUUACGAAAAAAGAUACUGAAAUAUUUCCAUAACCAACGAUAGUACUGGCAUCAAACUUUAGAUUUGAACGAUUAGAUAUUCCGCAGCUCAAAAUUUUGUAUUGAAACGGGUGUGGUGAUAACAAUGUAACAAACUUGGUAACAAAUAAUAAACAUCAUAUUCAGAGCCCAAA